AUGUUCGACUUGAGUCGUACUGAGACCACUCAGUUCAACUCAAUUUUGGUAUCACUUUCCGGCUUUGUAGGAUUCGCUUUCCUCUUGACAUAUGUAUGGACAAAAAUAGGGAAACGGAUAGACAAUCGCAUCGGAGCGAUCAUCGGUGUUAUGAUAUGCGUUGGAUUUCUAUUCACCACCUACUCAUGGUGGUUCUACAGCGAAAACAUUGAACAUGACGGAUGCCAUUCACCAUGGUGUGCUACUACUCCAAAAAUACCUUGGGAACUCUAUGCUGCCUCGUACGUGAUCGUAUUUGGUGUUGGAUUCGCUAUGAUGAACGUGCAUUUAGCCUCGAUGUAUUCAGGGGUAUGUUUCUCUAUUCAUUCGAUUCAUCGUUUCAUUAGCAUUCCGAAGUUCCAUGGAUCCUCCAACUUCAGCCGUUUGAUUAUAAGGAAACAUGCCCAAUAA